CUGUAUAAAUAUAUAUAUGUAUAUGUUUGAGUUGACAGUUUGCCUGGUAACAAAUCUGCGAAUUGCAGCCAGCGCAGAACGCACAUCCAAUAAGUUCAUUGCCAAACGGGCCGAGUCCCUAUAUGCACAUCCACAUCCCCAUCGUUUGGCGCAACCGAGUCCGAAAAAAUGAGACCGAGUGCAACGAGAAAGCGUGUCCGAGCUGCUCCGACUUCGGACUUGGGGAGGCACUCGCGUGGCAACAAUCGUCUAGGGCACACGGCAUACGGCAAACACGCAGAGCUGCAGGAGGAGAUAGGCUAUAGCUUCUCGAAGCCAGAAUCAUACCCACAAAGACCCGUUGAUCCAUCCCGCCUCAUCUAAUUUCCGCCGCUUUGAUUGUGGCACGCAUGCACAUGGUGGAGGAGAUUGGCUGCCAGAGACAGACGGGCAUUGUGGUCGCCAUGCCCAGCCAGGUGGCAACAAGCACCGGAACUCCAGCUCCAUCCGCCGGCGGCAUACACCAGCAGCAUCAGCAACAGCAGCACCAGCAGCAACAACAGCAACAACAUCAGCAACAACAGCAUCAGCAGCAACAACACCACCAGCAGCAGCAACACCACCAACAGCAGCAACACCACCAACAGCAACAACAUCUACAACAGCAGCAGCAGCAACACCAGCAGCAGCAGCAGCAACAUCAACAACUCACGAGCAACAUGAGCAUGUUGACCGUUAAAGGCGGUCGUUACCUUUGGACCGAUCGGGAGCUAUUGAUGCAUCUUCAGAACUACACACCUCUGAUCCUCCUUAUCGAUUUCGUUGAGAAGACCCGCACUAAGCGUUUUUAUGAAAGUUCAGAGCGUUAUGAGAUCCUCAUGCUGGUCUUCAUCAUGCGCAAAGGAGCGCCAUUUUGUGAGAACAAGCGAUUUCCGGCGGAGUAUUGGGUUAAUCUGUCGGUGGGACCAAUUGCCGAGGCCUUUGACCGCCUACAGGCUGCCAUUGAUAUACCGGAUCCCCAGUUGCCGAUUCAUAUGAGCGUCACGGAUCUAACCAGCUGGAAGCAAAUGUUCGAUCUAGCUAUGUUGGAUAUAAGGCGUUUUGCAUACUACACCGAUCCCUUACAGCUGGCCGAUGCGGGCGUUUUCAAUCGGAUCACCUUUGAACAGCGUUUCGGGAUGCAGUGGCAGGAGUAGUGGGAAAUGAUAAAUGAUGUUUAAGGAUAUGUGUAACAGAAAACUGGAUAUAUGCACACCCCCAGCACAAAACACACUUCUCCACAUUGGAAUGGAUCGUGAAAAAAGGUGAAACAAAACACACAAUAUAUGUAUC